AUGUCCCACCUGGAUAAUAGCAAUGAGCUGCGUAUCUCGCGAGAGGAUGACUCGUCUGGGACAUCGUCAGCCAAUAAGCGAAUCCGCGUACAGAGAAUCACCGCACGAAUCCAAGAGUGGCCAGAGGAAGAUUGGUCGGGUGUUGCAGACCUCACAUUGCGCAGGAGGUUGCAAAACCGGCUGAAUCAGAGAGCUCGACAAGAUAAGAGGAGUACAGCGCUAGCUGCUCUGAGAGAGGUCGAGAGCAUCCACAGUCUCGACCUCGACAUCAGCCGACCAGAGAGCGUGCUGGAGCGCAUCGAAGCGGUGGCGCGCGAGCAGCACCCAUCGGGAGACCCGCGCUCCGAUAUGUUGCUCCACCUGAUCCAGUUCAAUUUCACCAGAGGCCAGCUGCAGACUAUGCAGAUUCUUGGUCUGACCUCAGAGCACAUGGACGAUGAUGCCAUCUCCUUCUUCAACUUACCGGGACCAUGGCCACACGAGAUGGAGCAUGCGCUUCCCGCCAGUCUCCAACCUACUCUCGUGCAGCGCACUGUCGUCCAUCAUCCGUGGCUCGACCUGCUUCCCCACCCCGCGAUGCGCGACAAUCUGAUUCUGGCCGGAGAGGCAUACGACGAAAGCAGGCUUUGUCUGGAUAUGAAGGGGCUUGGCAGCGUGCACGGGCAAUAUUCGGGGAUCAUCAUCUGGAGCGACCCGUGGGAUCCCAGCGGGUGGGAGGUCACCGAGCCGUUCUCUCGCUCCUGGGAGUGGGUGCUCCGGGGCUGCUGGGAGAUCUUUCACUCGACCAACGCGUGGCGAGCACGUCGCAAUGAGGAAGCGCUAUUCCCUGUCACACAAGGUUAG